AUGUGGGUGUCUUCCAUGACAUCGCCUCAUCGUUCAGCCGCUGCUCGAUGUGGUAGUGGCCGCAACAAUGACAGAACAUCAACAACAACAACAACAACGACAGCAGCAACAGCAUUCACAAAGCAUUUUCGGCCGUUCACAUGGAAUGCGGCGCUAAAUAUGUGCGCUGCACUUGUGCUACUUAACACAGUUGGAUUAAUUUCGAAUUCGGUAGCACGUGCUGACACAGUGCAGUAUCCAGUAACAGCUGCGAUCGGUAGCGUUAUACCACCAGCAUAUCGAAACUGUCAAACGGAUGACAUCCAUUGCGGUUUACCCAAUUCGACGUCAAGUAAAAAUGGUUAUUCGGCCGAUCCAUGUGUGCCAAAAGAGAAGAAAUGCGAUGGGUAUUUAGAUUGCCGAACGGGUCACGAUGAAGACGGCUGCACCGGCGCAAAAUGUCGCUUGGAUCAAUUCCGUUGUGCCAACGGACAAAAAUGUAUCGAUAAUGUACGGAAAUGUGACCACAAAUCGGAUUGCGACGAUAACAGCGAUGAACAGGGUUGCAACUUCCCUGCCUGCCACGCCGGACAAUUUCGUUGUCAAAAUGCAUUGUGCAUCCCGGCUACGUUCCACUGUGAUGGCUAUCACGACUGUCAGGAUGAAUCAGAUGAAGCAAACUGUACAGCAAUUGCAUGUCCCGAUAACAAGUUCCUGUGUCCACGCGGUGGCCCGAACGGUACACCGAAAUGCAUCGCUAAAGUGCAGCUUUGUGAUGGCAAACGGGACUGCGAAGACGGUAGCGACGAAGAAACAGCUUGUUCCACAAAUGCUUGUCCAUCGUUGAAUUGUGAACACAAAUGCGGUCCAUCGUUGACGGGAGGUGUUUGCUUCUGUCCAACUGGUCGAUCGCUAGCGAGUGACAAUCGGUCAUGUACGGACUUGGAUGAAUGUGCUGAAUGGGGCCAUUGUGAUCAGCUUUGUGCGAAUACAGACGGUUCAUACACAUGCUCUUGUGCGGCUGGCUACACACUUAUCGACAAAUCACGAUGCGGUGCACCGAAUUCGGCUGGUUUAGAAUUGAUUUUUGCACAUGACAAUGCUGUCAUUCGGAUGUCACACCAUGGACAAGAUGCACGAAAUAUUGUGAAUGCAACGGGUGCCAGUGGCGUUGCUUACCACAGUUCGAGAAAUUUGCUGUUCUGGUCGGAUACGAAAACACGAAAAGUUCAAUCGAUGCCAUUGAAUGAAGGCGGUUUUGGUGGUACAGAUCUUUCGUUGCCUGGUACAUGGGCACCGAUUGCAUUGGCCGUUGAUUGGAUCGGUGACAAGCUUUAUGUAGCCGAUUUUAUCGGGCAAAAAGUCGAUGUGUUUGAAUUGGAUAAUAAAUGGCAUGCCGUUGUGUUGGGCUCAAAUUUAACCAGUCCAGCCGAUUUAGCACUGGAUCCAACAUCCGGUUUAAUGUUCGUUGCCGAUGGCGGUCAAGUUUUGCGAGCUCAUAUGGAUGGAACACAUGCAAGAGCUGUAGUUUCUGAAGCGGCUUACAAAGCGAGUGGCGUUGCCGUUGAUAUCAUUGCGAAGCGUGUGUAUUGGUGUGAUUCACUUUUGGAUUACAUUGAAACCGUUGACUACGAUGGCGGUCAUCGUGUGAUGAUCUUAAGAGGACAAAAUGUGCCGAGCCCAAGUCGAUUGGCACUGUUUGAAAAUCGCGUUUUUUGGACGGAUGCAACAAAACAAGGCAUUAUGUCAGUCGACAAAUUCGAGGGAACAUCAAGCAUUCAAUCGAUUUUCAAGUCGAAAGAUAUUCGUGAACCAAAGGCAAUUGUUUCAGUGCAUCCAUUCCUGCAGCCAAAAGUAUCGAAUCCAUGUGGAAACAACAACGGUGGCUGUCAACACAUGUGCAUUGUGACAGCGGUAAAAGGAGCACCAACGGGUUUGGGCUAUCGAUGUGCUUGUCACACCGGCUUCCAAUUAACCGAAGAUUUGCGAAAUUGUAAUUUAGUCGGUGAAUUCUUAAUGUAUAGCCAGCAGCGUUUUAUCAAGGGAAAAGUAUUGGAACCAGUUAUUGAAGGUUUUAGCGAUGCAAUUUUACCGGUUGUAUCACGACGGGCUCGAUUUGUUGGCCUUGAUUUUGAUGCACGCGAUCAACAUAUCUACUAUUCCGAUGUAUUGCAAGAUGUCAUUUAUCGAGUGCAUCGCAAUGGAACUGGCCGUGAAAUUGUGCUGGCCAGUCAAAAUGAAGGCGUCGAAGGAUUGGCAGUCGAUUGGGCUUCAAAGAAUUUGUAUUAUAUUGACAGUCGCAAAGGUACAUUGAAUGUACUCUCAACACGAAAUGUGACACAUCGUCGUACAUUAUUGAAGAAUUUGAAACGGCCACGUGCUAUUGUGGUGCAUCCAAACAAAGGAUAUAUUUUCUUCUCCGAAUGGGAUCGACCGGCCAACAUUACUCGAGCCAAUUCCGAUGGAUCGGGCAUUUUAGUGUUCAAAAAUGUAACAUUGGGAUGGCCAAAUGGUUUAUCGAUUGAUUUCAAAGAAGAUCGAGUUUAUUGGUGCGAUGCUUUACUUGAUCACGUACAACACGCAAAUCUUGACGGUUCUGAUAUUAGAACAGUUAAUUCACGACUGAUACGACAUCCGUUCUCAAUUGUUAUACACGAAGAAUGGAUGUAUAUCACGGAUUGGCGACUAGACGCCAUCGUUCGGUUGCAUAAAUUGACGGGUGAACAAGAGGAAAUUAUGGUACGUGAACCACAGACAAAUCGUCUUUAUGGCGUUAAAGUGUACAGCUAUUCAGUGCAACAAGUCGAAGCAACACAACCGUGUGCAAUUAAUAACGGCGGUUGUGAAAAGAUUUGUUUCGCUGUGCCGGUGAAUGGAUCACAUUUGCUUUCGGUGAAAUGUGCAUGCCCGUACGGUGAACGAAUCAAUGAUGAUGGCCAAACGUGUGUUUCCGACCCCAAUGCCGAGCCACCAGUGCUUGCCUGUCCAAAUUCAUGGGAUUUCACAUGCAACAACCAACGGUGCAUACCUAAAUCAUGGCUUUGCGAUGGAGAUGAUGAUUGUCUCGAUAAUUCAGACGAAGAACACAACUGUACAAAACCAACUUGUGGAUCAAAUGAAUUCCAAUGCAAAUCGGGUCGCUGUAUUCCAUUGAGUUUCCGUUGCGAUCAAGAAAAUGAUUGCGGCGAUCAUUCUGAUGAGUUUGAGUGCGGAAAUGUGACAUGUGCUUCUUCACAAUUCGCUUGUGCAAAUGGACGCUGUAUUCCAAAUAUGUGGAAAUGUGACUCCGAAAAUGAUUGCGGUGACAGCUCUGAUGAAGGUGAUUUCUGUGCAGAAAAAACGUGUGCUUACUUCCAAUUCACUUGCCCGAGAACUGGCCAUUGUAUACCACAGUCUUGGGUUUGUGAUGGAGAUGACGAUUGCUUCGAUAAACAAGAUGAAAAAGAUUGCCCACCAAUAUCCUGCUUAGCAAAUCAGUUCAAGUGUGCGGAUCUCAGGCAGUGUGUAGAAGAAUCAUAUAAAUGCGAUGGCAUUCCUGAUUGUAACGAUGGAAGUGAUGAAUUGGGCUGCCCAUCGAUGGGACCGAAUCAAUGUAAUCAAGAGAAACACUUCCGAUGCAAAUCAUCCGGCAUUUGUAUACCAAUUUCAUGGCAUUGUGAUGGCUCAAAUGACUGUGACGAUCAUUCCGAUGAAGAGGAAUGUGGUACAAUCUCAUGCCCGACCAACUUCUACAAGUGUAACAACUCGAAUUGCGUAUUCAAAGCAUAUAUUUGUGAUGGCAAAGAUGAUUGUGGCGAUAACAGCGACGAAAGCUCCGUACAUGCAUGCGUUCCGCCACCAUUCCGUUGCCCAACUGGUCAAUGGCGAUGCCCGAAUGUGACUGGCAGAUGUGUAAAUAUGACAUCGGUUUGUGAUGGCAUUUUCGAUUGUCCAAAUGGUGCUGACGAAGGUCCAGGAUGUGAUUUGGCCGAGUGUCAACAUCAAUCCGGUUUGUGCUCAAACGGUUGUCAGAAAACACCAAAUGGAGCUCUGUGCAUUUGUCCACCGGGCGAAGAGCUGAGCAUCGAUGGAUUCACUUGCAAAGAUUUGAAUGAAUGUGAUCCGCCCGGCUUAUGUUCACAGACCUGUACAAACACCAAAGGAUCAUACUUCUGUUCGUGUGUCGAAGGCUACAUUUUGGAACCAAAUAAACACUCAUGCAAAGCAGUGAAUCACACAGCCGCAUUCUUGAUAAUUUCGAAUCGUCAUUCGAUUUUGGUGGCCGAUUUGAAAGAGCAAGGUUUGGAACGUGUGCCGAUUAUCGUUGAAAAUGUUGUGGCAACUGCAUCGAAUAUGCGAAGUGGAACGAUUUUCUGGAGUGAUAUGAAAUUGAAGAAGAUCUCACGUUUGGAUCGUGGCAUGGAACCAAUUGACAUCAUAACCACCGGUUUGGAUUUGGUUGAAGGUUUGGCAUACGAUUGGAUUGGCAAGAAUUUGUACUGGUUGGACAGUAAAUUGAAUACGAUUGAAGUGUGCGGUGAAAUGGGUGAAAAUCGUUUGGUACUCGUACGAGAGAAUAUCACACAACCGCGUGGUAUGUGCUUAGAUCCAGCACCAGGCACUCGAUGGAUCUUCUGGACGGAUUGGGGAGAAAAUCCACGCAUCGAACGAAUCGGUAUGGAUGGAACAAUGCGACAAACAAUUAUCAACACAAAAAUCUAUUGGCCAAACGGUUUGACGCUUGAUACAUCAACAAAACGAGUCUACUUCGCCGAUUCAAAGCUUGAUUUCAUCGAUUUUUGUUAUUACAACGGAACUGGACGACAACAAGUAUUAGCAUCCAGCCAUUAUUUACUGCAUCCGCAUUCGUUAUCCCUAUUUGAAGACACUUUAUACUGGACCGAUCGUCAAUUGAACCGAGUUUUAUCAGCGCACAAAUUCAAAGGUGACAAUCAAACCGUUGUAUCACAUUUGAUCUCACAACCGCUUUCGAUCCAUGUGCAUCAUCCUUCGUUGCAACCAAUUUUGCCGAAUCCAUGUGAAAAUGCGCACUGCCAACACAUGUGCCUUUUGAGUCCAAGCUCCAAGUCGGGCUACACAUGCAAGUGCAAACCGGGCUAUCGCCUGUUGGAAUCAGAUGGACGAUGCAUACAAGAGGAGAACUCAUAUCUAAUGGUAUUGAAGAGCAACCAAAUUGUCGACGUUCCAUUGAAUGGAGGCGAUGCAAGAGCCGGCGCUUUGACACCAGUCGUUGGCAUUGACGGUGGUAUUGUAGUCGAUUUCGAUCGCAAAGGUGAAACACUUUAUUGGGUGCAGAGCAAAGGUGGCGAACAAGACGAUGAAAAUUGCACAAUUUAUGCCACACCAUACGGUGGUGGAAAUAAGACUGAUUUUCUUGGAGACUCUGGCAUUGUUGGUGCUCCAUAUGUCAUUGCCUUCGAAUGGUUGGGACGCAAUUUGAUCAUUGGUAAUCGCAUCGCUAGCCAAAUUGAAAUCAUCCGAGUUGAUGGCAAAGUGAAACAUCGGGCUAUUCUUCUGGCAAACAAUGGCAACAAAACAUCAGUUGGACGACCGAAAGCAAUUGCAUUAGACCCGAAUGACGGUAAAAUGUAUUGGAUCGACGAUGGUGGUUCGGGAGUUCCAUCGAAAGUGGCUCGUGCCAAUAUGGAUGGUUCGAAUCCAAUAAUUUUAGUGGAAAAUGUUGAUCGACCAGAAUCGAUUGCUAUCGAUACCGAUCGAAAGAUCGUUUACUAUAGCACACAAAACCCAGCGACAGUUAUGGCAGUGAAUAUCGAUGGAUCGGGUAAACGUGUUUUGCUCGAGGAAAAAGACAACAUUGCACGGCCGAAAAGUUUGGGCGUUUUGGAAUCAAGACUUUACUUCCUCGAUCCAGUGUACGAGAAAAUUGUACGCGUUGAUUUGCCAAACGGUGAAAAUGCUAAGAUUAUCGUUGACAAUGAAUCGGAUUUGAAGGGAAUGACCAUUUUCAAGAAGCGAUCCACAAUGUUGCAUCCAUGCCAAUCGAAUAACGGCGGUUGCGAACACAUUUGUGUACCACAAGAAGGCAGCUUGAAGACAUGUAUCUGUGGUACUGGCUAUCGCAAAGAAGAGGAGAUGUCCUGUGUGUCAUACAAAACAUUUGCUGUUGUAUCACAAUUGGAUGUUACACGUGGUUACAGUUUGAAGGACAGUGCCGAAGCAAUGCAACCCAUUGCUGGUGCUGGCCAUCACAUUUUGCAUGUUGAUGUUAUUUAUCGUGACUCAUGGAUCUAUUGGGCCGAAUACAACCGAGGACACUGGAACGGAAUCUUUCGAAUUCGACCAAACGGCACCGAAAUGCAACACAUUAUCAAAGAUGGCAUUGGCAGUAAUGGAAUUCGAGGCUUAACCAUUGAUUGGAUCGCUGGCAAUUUAUAUUUCACCAAUGUGUUCCCGCAUGAAAACUACGUCGAAGUUUGCUGGGCUGACGGUUCAAACCGUAAAGUAAUUGUAAAGACAACGAGCGAUGCACCACGUGAAUUGGCUGUGAAUCCGAUUAAACGGCUUUUGUAUUGGAUUGACUACGGCCAGUAUCCACGUAUCGGAAAAGCUUAUUUGGACGGUUCAAACUGGACACCAAUUGUUACAUCGGGCAUUUCAAAUCCACGCGAUUUAACCGUUGAUAUGCUAACACAUGAUGUGUACUGGGUCGAUUCAAAAUUGGAUAUGAUUCAAAAGAUUUCGUACACGGGUGGAAAUCGACAAAUUAUUCGAGGAAAUUUGCCAAAUCCAAUGGGUAUUGCCGUUCAUUUGGGCGAUGUUUACUGGGUCGAUCGUAAUUUGCAAGCCGUUUUCAAAGCAUCAAAACUCAUCGGAAACACAACCCUUCCGACAAAGGUGCGAACCAAUUUAGAGAAAUUGCGUGACAUUGCCAUUUAUGAUAUCAACAAUCAGCCAACCGAUGAAAAUAAUCCAUGCUUGCGUUAUGGAAACGGUGGUUGUGAUCAAUUGUGUUUCAGUUUCCCGCCAGAGGCUCAAACUCAAUCGGGUUCAUUGUCACGGCCAAACUUCCGUUGUGAUUGCUCAACUGGUGUUUUAGCACCAGAUAGUCGUAGAUGUGAUAUAGUUGAUGAGUACCUUGUGUUUGCCACACGCACUGAAAUUCGAGCCAUUAAUUUAGAUCCACGUUCUACAAAUGUUCCAUUUAAACCGGUCAGCAAUUUAACAAAUGUUGUUGGCAUCGAUUUCGAUUAUGCAGACAAUAAAUUAUUCUUUACACAAAUCCGUCCAUGGGCAAAGAUUGCCUAUGCAAAUGCACAACAACCGUCUGUCAGUAAUGUCGUACCAGUUAUUAGCAAGGGAAUUAACCCAGAAGGAAUUGCCUACGAUUGGACACAAAAGAAAGUAUACUGGACCGAUAGUUCCAAUAAUUCCAUUUAUGCAAUGAAUUUGGAUGGCAGUGAAUUGGUGAUGAUUGCACGCGUCGAACGACCACGUGCUAUCGUCUUGGAUCCAUGCAACGGUACAUUGUUCUUUACCGAUUGGGGACGAUUCGGUACCAGCGGAAAAAUUUUCAAAACAACAAUGGCCGGAUCAUUGAAACGAGCCAUUAUCGACCGGGAUUUGUCACAACCGAGCGGCCUAACUAUUGACUAUGAUGAACGCAUGUUGUACUGGACCGAUGCCGUACGCGAGAAAAUCGAACGAUCACAAUUGGAUGGAAAGGGCAGAGAAGUUUUGGUAGCUGCUACCAUUUAUCCAUUUGCAAUUACCGUGUUCAGAAAUUACAUUUAUUGGACCGAUUUGCAGUUGCGAGGCGUUUAUCGAGCCGAAAAACACACUGGUGCUAACAUGAUCGAAAUGGUGAAACGACUCGAUGACUCGCCACGUGAUAUUCAGGUUUACAGUAUGUCACGACAGAAAUGCCAGGCAAAUCCAUGCUCACAGAACAAUGGCGGAUGCACACACAGUUGUCAUCCUGGAUUGAACGGCAAAGCCGAAUGUAGAUGUGACGAAAACUCAAAAUUGGUCAACGAAGGGCGCAUGUGUGUAUCGAAGAAUCAUACUUGUGACGAGAGCCGAUUCUUGUGCAAAAAUGGAAAAUGCAUUUCGAGAAUGUGGGCUUGUGACGGAGAUGAUGAUUGUUCUGAUGGAUCUGACGAAGACAAGAAUUACUGCACAUUCCAUUCAUGUUCACCGAAUGAAUUCCGAUGCAACAACGGCCGAUGCAUCUUCAAAUCAUGGCAGUGCGAUCACGAAAAUGACUGCAAAGAUGGUUCCGAUGAAGAAGGCUGUACAUAUCCACCAUGUGUUGAUGGUGAAUUCACUUGUCUCAACGGCAGAUGUAUCCCACAAUCGCAAGUUUGCAACGGUGUCAAUGACUGCAAAGACAAUGCAACAUCCGAUGAAACACACGAACGUUGUCCACAGAAUACAACUUGCCCGGCAAAUCACCUCAAAUGCGAGAAAACCAACAUUUGCGUCGAACCAUACUGGCUUUGUGAUGGUGAUAAUGACUGCGGUGACAAUUCCGACGAAGAUCCACUUCAUUGCGCUCAAAGAACCUGCCCACAGAACAGCUUCAGAUGUCCAAAUCACAGAUGCAUUCCGGCCACUUGGUAUUGUGAUGGAGACGAUGAUUGUGGAGAUUCAGCUGAUGAACCACCAGAGUACUGUGAAUCAGAAGGUCGAACAUGCUUCGGUGAUUUGUUCACUUGCGACAAUGGUAAUUGUAUACCGCGAAUUUACAUUUGUGAUGGUGAUAAUGAUUGUUUGGAUAACAGCGAUGAAGACGAUCGACAUCAAUGCAACAAUAGAAAGUGUGACGAAGAAACUGAAUUCACCUGUGAUGAGAACAAAUCCUGGGGACGAUCUCAAUGUAUUCCCAAAAAAUGGAUUUGCGAUGGCGACCCUGAUUGCGUUGAUGGCGCAGAUGAAAAUAUUACGCUUCAUCACUGUGCUACGCCACAGCCAUGCGGAGAGGAUAUGUUCACUUGCGCUAAUGGCCGUUGUAUAAACAGAGGAUGGCUGUGUGACUAUGAUAAUGACUGCGGUGAUGGAAGUGACGAAGCCAAGUUCUGUAAUUCGCAAUAUAAAACAUGUUCGCCUCAGGAAUUCACAUGCCAAAACUUCAAAUGUAUUCGUUCGCAGUAUCGAUGUGAUGGAGAAGAUGAUUGUGGCGAUCGAAGUGAUGAAGUGGGCUGUACGAAGAAAGAAAACAGCACUUGUGCAACGGGCCAAUUCACUUGCAACAAUGGUCAAUGCAUCGAUUAUCAACUGGUAUGCAACAAAGUUGCCGAUUGUUCAGAUGAAUCGGACGAGCCACUUCAUUGCAACGUUGACGAGUGUGCUAAGGUGGAAAUUCAUCAAUGCGGACACAAAUGCGUUGAUACACUCACUGGCUACUUCUGCGAUUGUAAUCAAGGAUACAAAUUGCUCGCCGACGGCAAAGCGUGUGCUGACAUCGAUGAAUGUUUAGAAACACCGGGCGUAUGUUCGCAGCACUGUUCCAACACACCGGGCAGUUAUUACUGUAAAUGCGAUGAGCGAUACUACGAGCGUCAAAUCGAUGAGCACACGUGCAAACGCAAAGAUAAAUCUCAACCAUGGAUUGUUUUCACGAACAAAUACUACUUGAGAAAUAUGUCAGUCGACGGGCGACAAAUGAAUUUAGUGCACCAAGACUUGAUGAAUGUGGUUGCAUUGGAUUUCGAUAUCAAGGAAAAUUACAUGUACUUCUGUGAUGUAACAGCCAAAACAAUCUUCCGAUCGAAAAAUCUUGAUCCAGCUUCGGAUGAAGUACCAGUCAAAGAACCGGUUAUUCGUCACGAUUCGCACGGCCUCGAAGGAAUUUCCAUCGAUUGGGUUGGACGGAAAUUGUACUGGCUUGAUCGACACUCGAAGAAUUUGGACGUUGCCGAAUUGGAUGGCACCAAACGUAAGACACUGCGCAGUGGAAUUGUCGAUCCACGAGCCAUUGUUGUGCAUCCUGGAAUCGGUUAUUUGUACUUCACAUCAUGGCAUUUACAAGCUUACAUCGCUAAAAUGGGAAUGGAUGGCUCGAAUUUCACGAGAAUUUUAACAUGGGAAGAUGACAUUGCAUGGCCAAAUGCAUUGACAGUUGAUUUCUUCACCGAUCGCAUCUAUUGGGCUGAUGCUCAUUUGGAUUACAUUGCAUUUGCCGAUUUAGAAGGUCGUCAUCGACACAUUGUGAUGUCUGGUACCAAAGUUCCACACGUAUUCGCUCUGUCGCUAUUCGAUGAUAUGCUCUAUUGGACCGAUUGGAACUUGAAAGCCAUCAUGAGAGCGAAUAAAUUCACCGGAAAAGAUUUACAAGUGCUGAGAAAUACAACACAUCGACCAUAUGACAUUCAUAUUCAUCAUCCGUUGCGACAAGUGGCAUACACGAAUCCAUGCGGUGACACGAACGGAGGAUGUUCACACUUGUGUCUGUUGGCACCACCGGCCGAAUCAACUUACCUCAAUAUCGAAGGAUACAUCGAAGAAGGAGCACCAAGCUACAAAUGCGCCUGUCCAAAUCAAUUCUACUUGGCACGUGAUUCGAAAACUUGCAUCGCCAACUGCACAGCUGGUCAACAUCGGUGCGGAGGCGAUGACGAGAAAUGCAUUCCUUGGUUCUGGAAAUGUGAUGGUGAACGCGACUGUAAAGAUGGAAGCGAUGAACCAAGCUCAUGCCCAGUUAGACAUUGCCGAGCCGGAACAUUCCAAUGUGGAAACACAAAUUGCACACCAUCAGCAACCAUUUGUGACGUGAUGAACAAAACUGUAACUUGCCUUGUCCCGAAUCAGACUUCAAGUGCCGAUCAAGUGGCCGAUGCAUUCUAUCAAGCUGGUCGUGAUGGAGAGCCCGACUGUAAAGAUGGUAGUGAUGAAGAUCCGGCUAUGUGCAUGAAACGAGCUUGCGAUCCAGAAACUGAAUUCACUUGUGAUGAUUCUGAUGAGCCAGCUUACAUGUGUCGCCAACGAAACUGUACAACUGGAUGGCAACGAUGCCCGGGUCAAUCAAACUAUCGAUGCAUACCGAAGUGGCUGUUCUGCGAUGGAAAGGAUGAUUGUCGUGACAAUAGCGAUGAAUUGCCAGAAAAUUGCCCGGUCUGUAACAGCGAAACUGACUUCAAAUGCUCGAACAACAGAUGUAUUCCAAAACAAUGGACUUGUGAUUUCGCAGAUGAUUGCGGUGAUGGCAGUGAUGAGACUGAAGCUCAGUGCAAAGGCAAAUAUCGAGAAUGUUCUGAAUCGGAAUUCCGUUGUACCAAUGGCAAGUGCAUAUCUUCGAGAUGGCGUUGUGAUCAUGAAGACGACUGCGGCGAUUCAAGCGACGAAAUGAGUUGUGAAAACUAUCAAUGCAAGAAUGGAACAUUCCAAUGUGCAUCUGGACACUGUAUUGCCGCUCACUUCCGUUGCGAUGGCGAUAGGGAUUGUCGCGAUAUGAGUGACGAAGCCAAUUGUCCACCAAGAUUCCCAGGCGGUCGGUACUGCCCUGAAUCACGAUUCCAAUGCAACAACCAUCUUUGUGUUGCUAUGUCAGAUCUUUGCGACGGAACUGACGAUUGCGGUGAUGCAUCCGACGAAGCGGCAUCUGUUUGUUCGAACUUCAAUUGCGACACAUUACGUCGAUUCCAAUGUGAUAAUCAUCGUUGCAUUGCUCGCUAUCAAAUUUGUGACGGUGUCGACAAUUGCGGCGAUGGAAGUGACGAAAAUAACAUGACAUUGUGCGCAACCAAACAGAAGCCAUGCGAUCAAGUCAAUCAGUUCAAGUGCGCCAACAAGAAAUGCAUCGAUCGAAAGAAUGUGUGUGACUUUGCCGAUGAUUGUGGUGAUAAUUCCGAUGAAUUGGGCUGUCAUCACACAUUGCACUGUGGAGCACCUGGAGUUGAUAACGGUGGCUGUGAACAACAAUGCUCCAACUUGACUGAUGGUGGCUACAUUUGCCAUUGCUUCCAUGGCUACAUCAUAGCGGACGAGAAUCGAAAGAAAUGCGUUGACGUGGAUGAAUGUGCCACCGGAACACAUACGUGCAGUCACUUGUGUAAGAAUCUAAACGGAACGUACGAAUGUUCAUGUCGCGAUGGAUUCCGUGCAUCGGAUGGCCUAUCAGGAGUUUGCCGUGCAAUGAAAGAAGACAUUACAUUGGUGUUCUCAAAUGGAGACGAGAUACGAGCCUACGAUCUGACAAAACAAGACGAAUUCGAUGUGAUACAAGCGGAAAAACGAAUUGAAGCUUUGGAUUACAAUGCUGAGACACAGAUCAUCUUCUGGGCUGACAGUUAUGACAAGACAAUCAAACGAUCGUACAUGGUGAAUGCACAGAAUGGUCAAGCCAAGAUUGGAUUCGCACAAGAUUUGAACAUGAAAGGCAAUUCAAAACCAACGGCUGUGGCAGUCGAUUGGGUGGCUGACAAUUUGUACUGGACUGAAGUCGAUCGAACUGGAUCGAAACCAAGAGGUCGUGUACUUGUUGCAAAGACCGAUGGCCGUUAUAGAAGAGCUGUUGUAAGUGCUGGUUUGGAAGUGCCAACAUCAAUUGCAGUCAAUCCACAAUUGGGACGAAUGUACUGGGCCGAUGCCGGUUCAGCACCAAAGAUUGAAGUUUCAUGGAUGGACGGUUCGAAGAGAAGACCACUGAUCACAGAUGCUAUUCGCCAUCCGGCCGGGUGA